AUGUUCUUCUCCGUAAUCCUGAUUUCUCUUCUUGUAAUUGACAUCUACGCAUACAAGAUCGCCGAAAAUCUCAUUCAAAUCUACCACGAUCGCGGGACAGGAUGUAAGAAUGUCGUUGCCUCUGGCUUCAACGACGGCACCAGUGCCUCAAAACCCACCCAAUACUGCGGCGACAUCGCCGGGGCGUUAUUCAUUAGCUCCGCCGGCGGAUACGGAGACAUGGACGUGGACUGCGACGGGGUCUCUCCGACCUCGGGAGGCUGUCGCAACGACCCUUCUAAGCAGGGCCAAACUGCCUUCCACGAUCAAUUCCGGCAGUACGAUAUCGGCGAUCUGAACGCAUUUGUCCACCCCUAUGUCGUCUUCGGAAACACGAACUUUGACCCGCAGCAGUAUGGCAUGCAGUCGCUGAGCGUGAUGGCCGUUGUUUGCGGUGGACAACUGCACUACGGCAUCUGGGGCGAUACGAACGGAGGCAGCAAGACCGGGGAAGCAUCGCUCGCGAUGGCGAGGCUGUGCUUCGGGUCAUCGAUGGACGCCAAUAAUGGACAUAACGAGGCAGAUAUUCUGUAUAUUGGCUUCACGGGGGCCAACGCUGUACCUGGCAAAAGUGCAGCGUGGACGACCACGACCCCGGAGGACUUUGAGCGAAGUAUCAAGCCACUUGGGGACCGGUUGGUCGCUGGCCUGAAGUAA